AUUACCAGCUGAUGCAGGUGACAGUGACAGUGACAGCUGGUCCGUUGCCAGCACAUCAUGGCCGACCAAAAGCAGACGAAAGAAGUCUGCACGGUUUUAUUCCUGUGUGUAUCAUGGUACGUGGUCAGCUCGACCAACAAUGUGGUCGGGAAGACCGUCCUCAACGAAUUCCCGUACCCCAUGACCAUGACGAUGGUCCAGCUGCUCAGUAUCACCGUCCUAAGUGGACCCCUUUUCAAGCUAUGGGGUGUACGAAGACACGUAGAUAUACCCUGGAAUUACUACUUAAAACUUAUCGUUCCUCUGGCUCUGGGUAAGUUCGUUGCCAGCGUCUUCAGUCACGUCAGUAUUUGGAAAGUUCCUGUGUCCUAUGCCCAUACAGUUAAAGCAACAAUGCCCUUAUUCACUGUGGUUUUGUCCAGGAUAAUCAUGGGGGAGAAACAAACCUUUAAAGUGUAUUUAAGUUUAGUACCAAUUAUCCUCGGAGUUGCUAUUGCUACUUUAACUGAAAUCAGCUUUGACAUGAUUGGUUUAGUCAGUGCUUUAGUGGCAACAGCAGGUUUUUCUUUACAGAACAUUUUCUCAAAAAAGGUAUUAAAAGAAACCAAAAUUCAUCACUUAAAACUCUUACACAUACUGGGCAGACUUGCUUUAUUUAUGUUCUUGCCUAUCUGGAUAUAUGCAGACCUGAUAACUUUGUUAAACGAUAAAUCUGUGACAUAUCAUGACUACAAGGUUAUUAGUCUCCUCAUUGCCGAUGGUGUGUUGAAUUGGUUACAGAACAUUAUAGCAUUUAGUGUUCUAUCUCUAGUUACCCCUUUGACAUAUGCAGUGGCAAACUGCAGCAAAAGAAUAUUUGUUAUUGCAAUAUCCCUCUUCAUUUUGGGAAACCCUGUAACUUCUAUGAACGUACUUGGUAUGAUGACGGCCAUUUUAGGCGUUUUGUAUUAUAAUAAGGCUAAAUAUGAUCAGAAAAAGCAGCAAGAAAAAGAGACUGUGUUGCCAUAUGCUGAUAAAUCAUGGCAACAAGACAAGAUUAGUUAUACUCCUAUAAAAUAUCAGAAUGGUAGUGUUCAUAGUGAAUAUAUGAAUGGUUAUAGUAACGGAGAUUUGAAUGGUUUGAAUAACAAUUAUAGUUAUAAUUCGAGGACUAUGCGAACGAAAGGAAACUUACUUUUUUCGUAAAAAUUUGUAAUGGAAUGUUAGGAAGAAUAUUUUUAAGUACAAAAUGUGAUUAUAUAUACACUGUGUAGAGAAAAUUGAACGGUAAAUAAUUGAAUUUCUACAGUAUGUCCCUGAAUUGUUUUUACAGGAAAACACAUUUUUAUUAUUUACAUUUUAAGAAAAAUGCAUUUUUCAUGAAUGUUUUUGCUUGUUCUAAAAUUUAUAUAUGAUAUCAUAAAUAUAUAAAAAUACCAUACAUAUAGAUUAGGUAUAUAUGAUAUCAUAUUGUCGGUCAAAUGUGGUAAACUCCAUUAUUCCUAAUUUUACAGGCGAUAAAAAAAUAAUAUAAAAAUAUCUACACAUGUAGCAAGUAUAUGCAUGCGUUAAUAUGAUAAAAAAAUAACAAUAAUAUUUGUUGGGGAACAAUAAAACUCUUAACUUAUUUUUGAUAUUUGGAAAAAAAAUCAACCAGAUUUUCGUAUUUUUUAAAUUUUUUUCUGUAAGGGCUCGAACACACUGACGCACAGUGGGCAAAAAUCCAGAAGUAUGUUGCAAAAAUUCUUUUAUUGUACGAUUUCAUUCAAAUUUGGUAAAAACAUUCUAUGCCAGUAGCUCGUGAACCCAGUUAGUUUUGACUGACUUGAGAUUGGCUGGGGGUGGUGGGGAGGAUUCAUAAAAUGGAAAAAUCAUCUUUUGACUAAUACAGCUACCAAAAUGCGGUAAGAAUAUUUUACAUUUCACUAAAUUUUACGAUUUUUGGCAGAGCCAAGAUGAAACAGACAAAUAUUGAGCAAUUAUUACUCCUCCGGCAUAUACAGGGUUUGUUAGGUUAGGUAUAUAUAUUGCUACAUCCUCUGUAGCAAUAUAUAUAUCUGUGUAUACAUCCUCUGUAUCUUUUUUAUUCGACGUUUUCGAAAUGUGUCUUGAAUAAAAGUUUAAUGGUCUGGAAUACAUCUUUCAAAACAGUCUUCUUUGCAUAUACCGGGUGCCUUAGAAAUCCUGUGCGUGGCCCAACUUUCUUAUUUCAAAUUAGUACCCAAUUUUUUAUUUAUUUUUUUUAUUUUCUUCUAAAAAUCCUAACUACUUUUAUGUAGCAUAUCCUAUACCUAAUUUGAAAUAAGAUAGUUGAACCACGCCCAGAUUUUUUGAAGCACUUUGGAUAUGCGAAAUGGAUUUUUUGGCAAACCAAACCAAAAACCACUUUCAUUUGAGACAGUUUUCGGAAACGUCAAAUAAAAAAGAUAAAGGGGGUGUCAAUGUAUAAAAGGAAACCCUAAGUAUACUAAUCCAAUCGAACUUUUAUUCAAGAUUGUUUGUCAUUUGAAUAAGUUGGGUCUCUAAUAAUACCAGACAAUAUGUGAACAAUAUUUUAUUAUUAUAUUUUAAAUAAGUAACAAUAUUCUGAGACUUAAACAAUGACUUUAUCAAUAUAAUGCUGAAAAUCUCACGAGUUACAUGUCUCACUCUACACAUAUUAAAUUACAUAGACGUAGGAUGUAGAAUAUUCUGUUUUGAAACGACUGAUGGAAUAGCAGGCAUCGCGGAUUUGAAAAACAUGGAAAUAACGACGUUAUCGUGUAGUCGGGGUUGGAGAUAGUCGGGGUAAGUAUUUAUUAACGAAAAAUCCAAGAAUAUUUUAAAUGUAUUAUUUAAUAUUAGAACAUUUAAUAAGCUCACGAAUAGCAACUUCGCUUUUUAGUUAACUCGGAUAUUUUAACAUUUCUGAAACUUAAUUUUUUCUGAAACAAUAUUUUCUAAUUGGUAAAACGUAAAACAUCGUUAGAUCUGACAACUCUGUUGAAACUGGUCGUUCAUCUGGCCGCAGCUAUAAACGCAAUGCAUCCGGCCAGCUGACGGCCAGGGCGUUGUGACCUGGUCGUCAGUGAGUUCGAGCCCUAAAACGGUAUUGAUUUGUAAAAGUAUAAACGAUUAACCAUUUAAGAACAAGCAAAAACUUAUAAAGAAUACAUUUUUCUCAAAAAGUUAAUAAUGAAUAGUUUUUCCUCUUGUAAGACAAUCUGGGGACAUACAGUAUAUUGAAUGAUAUUUUUAAUUGACUAUAACAAUUAGAAAAAUACUGAGUGGAUUUAAUGUAAAAAUAAAUUUAUUUUUAUGUUGA